AUGUGGGCUUUCAUAGUGAGAGGGCUGUUGUGCGCGAUUAUCAUCCACUCAUGUGUAGUGAUCCGUGAUGUGAGUCCAGUGCCGUCGGCGGCGACAAGUCCUCAAUGGCGCGGCUCUUAUACUCAGAGCUCGUACUGGUAUUCGGAUUACGCGGCGCCUAAACCCCCACAACCGCCCACCAAGAAGUCAUUCCUACCGACCCCUCAACACUGUCCCGAUACAGGCCGUACGGUUUGCGCCGAUGUUAAGCCCUUUUAUCCCUCUGAUGAUGUCUUUGAUGUGAUCCGUGCGGCGAAAGCCAAACGUUUCAACAUAUCGUCUGAGUUCGUGGACGAGAGUCUUAACGAUGAAGAGCCGCACUUUUACGACCAACAGCCGCCUCCACCGCCGCCCCAACCUUACAAUAAUCCCAAACACGAGGGAUAUGUCGUGUAUCAGACGGCCGUCCACUACGACAACAACCAUCACAACACAUAUAAGCCAAACAAUUACGAUAACAGACAACUAAACUAUAAUAAUAACUAU